AUGGCUACAUCAGCUCAAUGUGACCAUUUCGAUGAAGAAACCGACCUGAAAGUGACCGUUACUCCCCCCGAAGCUCCAUCCAACGACAGUCUACAAGCGGAGGACCCUAGAGUUGAUCCCGAGUCACCAUCAACGUCUAAUAGUGUCACUCCUCAAAUUGUCAGGAGUAAAGUUAGAAGUAAACAAGUGUCCCCCAGUCCUAACAAAGAACCAGAAGAUGUGGAGGAAUAUGCUAAACUCUUGCCACAAAUCUUCAUCUCGAAUAAGACCUACACAUACGACGAGAGAGUCGACCUGUUCUGCGAUCAGAUGAUUGGCCAGUGUUCGGCAGAAGACGCAGAUGAAGCCAUCAGCCUUUAUAUUUUAAAGAAACUUGCCACCAAAGUUUCCUGGACAGCAGUGUGGAAAACGGCUCCAGAACUCAUAUUAGAACACUGUGAAAUUGGGGACCUACCUUUCGUUGGUGUGCUCAUGCAGGUUGAGGCCACUCCAUUUGAUGGAAAAAGCAUCCCUCUGAGAGUCUCAGUUUCUGUGGCCGAGCCAUUUUCCUCAAAUAUUGCCAACUUGCCAAGGGAGCUAGUUGAAGAUGUUUUGAGGGAACAUGACUACUCUGUGCCAGUCUUGGAUGUCUAUCCUUUACAAGGGCUGGGGACUGAUGUUGACUGCAUAGCAGAGGCUCUGGAACAUGCUCGGUUUUUCUACGAUUUCCUCUGGAGAGACUGGGAUGACGAAGAGGAGGGUGAUGACUAUGCAGGGCUUAUAGAAAAACGUAUACAACUGUACUAUGACAUCCAUGACGGAACCAUUCCUGGUCCAAUCAAUGAGCGCUACCGAAAGACCUUGGAAGACUACAGGAGCAAACGGCUGGAGCUGACAAAGUUCCAGAGCAGUAUUCAGGGGGAAACCCUACCAGGGGAGGCUGUGGAGUGCUGGAAGAAAUACUAUGAAAUGUUGAUGCUAUGUGGGCUCCUAAAGUUCUGGGAAGAUAUGCGACUCAGCAGCCAUGGACCGUUCUAUCCGAGGAUCUGCAAGCGCAGAAGGGGACAGAGGGCGUCUGGAAGACCUGUGACACACAUUGUGGCCCAAAUGAUGACAACAGAUAUGUUUAAGAAUUUCUCCUCAGACGCGUUGAUCCAGCAGCACGACUGUCUGUCAGUAGCCUUGGAAUCCUGCUACUCUGGAGACGUAGUGGUGGUGUUCCCUGGGGAGUAUCAGGCCCCUGCACUGUCAUCCCUCACUGAGGACAUAGUCAUCAAAGGUGAAGGAGAGAGGCAGGAGGUGGUGUUCUUCUCAGACCCGUCACACAACAACUUUGUGGCCUCCAAAGCCACAAAGGUGACCCUCUGUAACCUGACGCUGAUGCAGCAAGGGACCUGUGAUGGGAUUGUGGUGGUGGAGGCAGGACAGAUGACGCUGGAGAACUGCGUGUUGAAAUGCGAUGGCACAGGAGUGUGCGUUCUAACUGGCGCUUGUCUGAUCAUGAAGAACUGUGAAAUAUCAGGUGCCCAGGGGCCAGGUGUGGAGCUGUUCCCAGGGAGCGUUGCGGAGCUGCAUGGGAACAAAAUUCAUAACUGCAGCAACCAGGCAGCCAAAGGCUCAAUGGGUGCCAUUAAUCUCAAGGUACUUCCUAAGCCCCAGCUAAAGAUGUCUGACAACCACAUCCAUGACAAUCUAGGCUACGGGGUGUCCAUCCUUGUGCCUGAUCACCAUUACCAAGCCAGUGAAGAGGGCCUUGAAAAGACCGCCAGUGGGGACCAACUGGAGUCACACCAUUUGUCCAAGGCCUUGCAGGAGCUCAGUCUGGAGAUGAACACCAACAAAUUUGAGUCCAAUACAAUGGGGAAUGUAGGCUUGCAGCGCAAGAUGUGGCUCAGUUCUUAGAAAGUCAUUACAUUCCUUCAGAUGUACAGAACACCUCAUUUGCAUUUUAAGUGUUGUCUAAUUGGAUGUCUUGUGUAAGUACUUCAGCUGAUGCGGUAUAUUUCUUAGUUAAAUGAA